AUGGUGAAAAACUUUGACGUUGCGUUCUACACGCCUAUUUCGUGUUCUAACCGCAGUUCUAAAUUUUGUCAACUGGAUAAUGGACUUUUGGUUUUAUUGAUAUCUGACCCGGCAGAUACCUCUGCCGCCUGCAGCUUGACUGUAGCUUCAGGAUCGCAUAACAAUCCAGAUGAAAUUCCGGGGCUGGCACAUUUAUGUGAGCAUGUCAUACUUUCCUCGGGAUCCAGGAAAUCCCCACAGACUCAUGAUUACCAUGAGACCAUCGCAGAGAAUGGAGGUUCUCAAAACGCCUACACGACAGGCGAAGAUACCACGUUUUGUUUUGAACUGCCUGGCGCUUCUGAUUUGGGUGAGCUGGUGUUUGAAAAAGCGCUAGAACUAUUUGCCUCGUCAUUCAAAAAUCCGGUUUUCAGUGAUUCCAUCAUUAACAAAGAAAUCUACGCCAUCGAGAGCGAGCACAAUGUGAACAAAGCAUCAACAAAAAAACAAUUGUAUCAUGCAAUGCGUCUAUUGGCACAUAGACGCCACCCUUUUGGCCGAUUUUGCACUGGAAACUUCAACACUUUGUGCAAUUUUCCUAGCCUUCACAAAGUUAACUUGAAGCACGCGCUAUCUAUAUAUUUCAAGACCUAUUACAGGUCCCCUAAUAUGACCAUGUGCAUCAAAGGCUCGCAGUCCUUGAACGCUUUAACAAAACUUGCAGUGAAAUUUUUCGGGGACAUACCUGCAGAAGGGGAACUAAUAUCGCGGCCCAGCUUAAGACAUUUAUCCUCAUCAAAAUUGAAGAUCACCCACUCAAGUGAAAACUCUUCACUCUCAAAUUUUAAGAUUGCCAAGCUUGAAUGGUUGCCCAAAUAUCGAAAUUCGGAUGCUUUCAGUUCAUCAUUGUCAAGAAACAUAAUUGCAAUCAAUUCGUCAAAAAAUCCCGUUUUAAGGCUAAUCUUCCCGAUCAAUCAUAAGUUCACCAGAUUAUCAACCACUUCUCUAUUGAGCUUGUCCAAUAUCUGGUGUGACUUUUUCGGCGAGGAAAGUAUUGGUUCUUUAGCACAUUGUCUUAAGCAGCAAGAACUUGUCACCGGAAUCGUGUCUUCGGUAUCGCAAUUUUGUACGGGCGAAGACGGGUUAACAUUAGAGCUUUCUUUGACUCAAAAUGGCUGGCGAAAUACAGAAAGAAUACUGGGAAUUCUAUUUGAUAGAUACAUUCCUAACUUCAUACACGAUCAGACAGAGGAUAUCGCGCGAUAUUUAAGUGAUUUGAACGCCAUUGACCUACUGAAAUUUCUAUACGAAAGUACGGAGAUCUCUCCAAUGGAAAUUUGCGCUGAAUACAGCGCUCGCAUGCUCCUCGAUAUGGACGCCUUAAACCCUAAAUGUCUGUUGAAAGGGAGCCCCUUACUCGAAUGCAACCAAGAAAACUUCUCCAUCGGUGACUUCAGCGAAUCCUUGGAGAGUCAGACAUGGUGGAUCGGACAAGCCAUCAAAUUGCAAAAUUUCAUCAGUGAGUUCGUGAACCGACAAAACCUGCGUAUUGCGAUGCUGGGAGAUCGAUCAAGUUCAAGUUUGCUAAAUUCAACAGUAUCUUUUCCAAGAUCUGAUCCAGAUUACGAGUUCGACUAUUUUGAGGCUUCAAUUGACAUGUUUUCCGUCCAGACAGCCGCUGAAUCUUUACCCGACUACGAGUUUCGAGUCCCUAACUAUAACGCUUUCUUGCCUUCAGUAGGAAGAAAACUGGGAUUAAUUAAAAAGGCAUUAAGAGCUUCAUCAAAUCGGGCGCAGGAAGCAUCCUUGUCGCUUGUUGCCCAGAAAGAUUUGUUACAGAGUUCUCCUAGACUAACUAGUAAAAAUCAAAAUUGCGAACUGUGGGUAAAAGAAGAAGAGUUUGAUCUUUCCUUCAGAUCUAAGACCAUGGCAAGUUUUGAAGUGAUUAGCAAAAAAAUACAAGGCGCUCCUCUUCACACGAUGCAUCUGGAAAUACUUAGUCAAUUAUUGGCGGCGUUCAUUUCACCAAUACUCUACCCUUCUGAAAAAAUUGGUUAUACGUACGAGAUAUCUCCAUCCAGUAAAGGGGAUGUGCGACUGGGCUUCACAAUUUCAGGCUUUCCCGAGGGCGUAUACGCCAUCAUAAAAUUAAUUACUAGCAAUCUGAAGGAUAUGGUCGCCACCCGAAGAAUUUCACCGGCGAUGUUCCGCCAAGCGAGGGUGGCUGUCAGAAGCAAAUACGAAAAUGCAGCCUCCGAAAACUGUACCGCCCUAGCCACGGUUGGUCUCCUGAUUGUCCUAGAAGAAUGCAUGUGGCCUGUAGAGGACCGCUUAGAUGCUCUCGAAGAAAUCGACAUCGAGACAUUCAAAUCGUUUUGCUCUAGUUUUCUCACGAUGCCAACUUACCUGAACUUGUUUGUGCAGGGAGAUCUUAGCUAUGCGGACGCGAUUAAUGAUUUGCUCAUCUCCGAGUUUGCCGCCCAAAAUCAGUCACAAGAGGAAGCUACAGUUCGGGAGCCGGUGGCCCAUGUAUUGGAACCCGGGACCAAUGUAUAUAUAAAGCGUCAUGGAUCGCGUGAAGAUCCCAACAAUAGCAUCGUCUAUUUCAUUCAAACCGGUGACCGCGAUGAUAUGCGCAUAUUCACGCUUACCAGUCUUACAGAGUUUCUGAUGUCUACGACCUUGGUUCCAGAUUUGCGAACGAAAAAGCAAAUUGGUUACGCCGUAUUUGGAGGACUAAGAUUACUCACAACAACUGUCGGAAUCCACGUUACAUGUAUGUCUGGGUCUCCUCCAGAACAUCUGGAAUUUCAGAUCAACGAAUAUCUCUCGUUCAUGGAAAAGGAAAUUAUUGGCACAAUGUCAGAAGAAGACUUUCAAAGUAAUCUGAAAAAGUUCAAGGGGAUAACUCAGCGCGGUCCUGCGAAUAAAUUGCAAAAGACUGCCGGUCCCGCAGAUGUCAUGGCCCAAAUUGAAGCCAAUGUCCGAAGUGGAAACAUAGGAGAGCAAGGUGCGCCCAUGCUACAACACAAGCGCAUCAAACAUCAGAUUUCUUCUCGAAGAUAUAAUUUCGAUGUGGAAGACGAGCCUAUCGAUGAAAAUCUGUUGAAAACUUUAACGCUAAGACAGUAUCGCACGUUUUUCGACCAACAUAUUUCUAUCUAUUCGAAAACUAGAAGCAAAAUAUCGAUUAUGGUGGAGAGCGCUAUGAGUUUUGAUGAUAUAUCCAACAAACGUCUUUUCCUGCAGGUUGAAAGUUAUCUAAAGCUAAAAGGAUUGAAAAUAUCGACCGUUGAUCUGAAAAAAAUUAUAGAGGCAUCUCAAGGGAAGCCUCAGAGUUUGUUAAAGGAGCUGCUCAAAUAUUUUGCCUAUAAAGGAGAUGCAUUUAAGAUCUGUAAUCUGGCUCUCAAAGAAAUAUUUAGAGUCAUAAUGACCACCGUCAAACUGAACUCUACCAAUACACCCUCCGAAACUACUGUUGCAAUGAACAGAAAGGUUGCUUGUGCCCUUCCAUUAAUAAGAAUUGAGGAUGUAAAUGAAUACCGCUUACGUAAAUGA